AUGAAUGAUUUCGAUGAAGAUAUUGAUCCACUUAUGGGUCCUGUAGCUGAUCUUAUGGCUGAACAUAAUCUAUCCUCGACAACAACAACAACGGCAUCAAAAAUUCAGAAACCAAUUGAAUCAAUUGAAAUUCUUGAUCAAAAAAUAAAUAUUCUUGAUUAUUUAUCAUUUUUUAAUAUUCAUUUAUUAUUCAAAGAUAUCUUUAAUUAUCUUCUUGAUAUUCAAUGGUAUAAUAAAAUGAGGAAACUAUUUCCAAAAACUGAACAAGAAAUCUUUUUAAAUCAUUCACAAAUGUAUUCAUCAUUAAAAAAGUUAUUUCUUUUCUUUAUUGUAAGUAUAUAA